GUACAGUAGUUAGCAAAACAAAAAACAAGCGGGUUUGUGUGUUUGAUGAGCAGAGUCAGAGCUGCAGGCCAGCAGGUGAUUCGUAUCCUUAAGGAGCUGAAGCAGAAAUAUCCUGACAAAGAGCUGGACCAGCUGGUGGAGCUGGCCAACUACUACGCACUGCUGCACCAACAGAAGAGCAGAGCCUUCUACCGCAUACAGGCGACUCGUAUGAUGAUUGGCGCCGGUAACGUCCUGAAGAAACACGCAGCCGAUCACGCUCGCCGUACAGCUGUAACUGACGAGGAAGCACCAGAAGACGACAACUUGGGGAUAUGCAGCCGCAUCUCAUUUGAAAGUGCCCACAGUCAGUGCAUGGAGAACUGUGGUGUUCUGACACUGGCUGUACUCUGCCAAGGCGGUCUGGGAGAGAACACCUUCUAUGUGGACUACAGGACAGAAGAUGGUUCAGCCAAUGCCGGGUCAGAUUACGAGUACGGCGAAGGAACGCUGGUGUUCAAACCGGGAGAGACUCGCAAAGAGAUAAAGGUCGGUAUAAUCGAUGACGACAUAUUCGAAGAGGAUGAGCACUUCUUUGUGCGCCUGCUGAAUCUGCGUGUUGGUGAUGCAGAAGGUAUGUUUGAGAGUGACGAAGCGGGUGCCACCCCCAAAGCUCGCUUGGUUGAACCCCUGGUUGCCACGGUCACCAUCCUGGAUGACGACCACGCCGGCAUCUUCACGUUCAGCGAGCGCAUGGUGCGGGUGAGCGAGAGUGUGGGCACUAUGGAAGUGACGGUGGCUCGCAACUCAGGCGCCCGAGGCACUGUCAUCCUGCCAUACCACACCGAGUCAGGCACCGCCAAGGCUGGAGAAGACUACGAGGACGUCCGAGGAGAGCUGGAGUUCACCAAUGACCAGACCACUCAGACUCUCCAAGUGAGGAUAAUUGAUGAUGAAGAAUAUGAAAAACAUGAAAACUUCUUCAUUGUGUUGGAGGAACCACGCUGGCUAAAGAGAGGAAUCUCAGCUCUGCUGCUCAACCAAGAGGGGGUGGAGGGGCAGAUGAGUGCUGAGGAAGAGGAGGCCCGGAGGAUAGCUGAGAUGGGGAAGCCCAUCCUGGGAGAGCACAGCCGCCUGGAGGUGGUCAUCGAGGAGUCAUAUGAGUUCAAGAGCACCGUUGACAAGCUCAUUAAGAAGACCAACUUGGCGCUGGUGAUCGGCACACACUCCUGGAGGGAACAGUUUGUGGAGGCAGUCACUGUCAGCGCAGGUGACGGCGAUGAUGAUGAGGAAGGUCGUGAGGAGCGCCUUCCAUCUUGUUACGACUAUGUCAUGCAUUUCCUCACCGUCUUCUGGAAGGUUCUGUUCGCCUGCGUCCCGCCCACAGAGUACUGGAACGGCUGGGCCUGUUUCUUCGUCUCCAUCAGUGUCGUUGGCCUCCUCACUGCCAUCAUCGGAGAUUUAGCGUCACACUUCGGCUGCACCGUGGGGCUCCGGGACACUGUGACCGCUGUGGUGUUUGUGGCAUUGGGAACUUCUAUUCCAGACACCUUUGCCAGCAAAGUGGCCGCCAUGCAGGACCAGCACGCCGAUGCGUCCGUUGGAAACGUCACGGGUAGCAACGCUGUCAACGUGUUCCUGGGGAUCGGCGUGGCCUGGUCAGUGGCCGCCGUCUACUGGAGAAUCAAGGGGAAGGAGUUCAAGGUGGACCCGGGGUCUCUGGCCUUCUCCGUCACACUCUUCACCAUCUUCGCUUUCAUCUGCAUGGCUGUGCUCCUGUUCAGACGCCGGCCCUCCAUCGGCGGAGAGCUCGGCGGCCCGAAGGUGCCCCGCCUCCUGACCAGCCUGCUGUUCCUGGGUCUGUGGUUCCUCUACAUCCUUUUCUCCAGCCUGGAGGCCUACUGCCACAUCAACGGCUUUUAAAAAAGAGAUGGAGAAAGCUCUGGAAGAAUACUGCACAGCAACACGCGCAUAUACUUUAGCAUUCAGCCCAUACAGUCCACAGUUCGACACGCAACAACAAAGUGUAAGAUUCAUUCGUUUAACAGGGCUCAUUUCAGCCUGUAGGUGUCCUGAUCUUUAAUGCAGGGAUACUAAAAUACUACAGAUACAUGUUCAGGCACGCGCACACACACUUUACAGUAUGUACACAUGUGUAAACAGAUCAUAACAGACACACACAGGCACAGUUACUGGCAUGAUAAAGGGUGAGAGGAAGUGUUUGUGAGGGGUGAGGAGUGUGAAUAGGAAAGGCUGCUGCAGCAACGUCAGGAGGGAGAAGACAGAGAGAGUAACUGUGGAGUUUUAGAGGUAAAGACAGGGUCAGCCGCUAGAGUGCUGUUUCUUUCUGUGGCAGGGAAGUUUAUUUUUAAAGUCAGGUACGUUUAGGUCGGAUUAGAGAAUCAGACCACCGAUGAGAGCAUCAGGCCAGUUAGUGUUAAGAUGGAAAAGAAACCAGUGCACGUCGGACAAAAUUUCUCCGUCUUGAGUUUCAUCGAAGAAACAACCUUUGUUUUCCUACAACAAAACCUGUCCCUCCCACCUCCUCUGGUACGGCUCCACAUGUCUUCACUGAGGAGGUGGAGAGCUGUGUGAAAUAAGGAGUGGAAUGUUUACAGUAACAAUAACAUUCAGUUUGUUUACUACGGGAGAUUCUUAUCAAGUGGCGAUGCUUGUCUAAUACACGGUGUAGGUGAAGGCCUUUCUCCACAUGCGCUGUAAAUAGUAAAAACCAGUGUAAAUACAGAGUGGAGUGUUUUCAGGAGUCAGAUAGUGAUGCCUUCCACUGAAAGAAGUUAGAGAAGGUGGAAAAAAAGGAUCCCCCAGAAUGUGAAGCUACUUUUCUGUGCACAAAGUCAAAUUACAGCAGAAAAGAAAAGGAAAAUCAGCAGUCAGAUAUUUGCUUUAAUGUUUUCACAAACAUUUAAAAACAAUUAAUGACAGCAUGAUAAACACAGACUAAAGUCAUAGCUGACCAAACAAAUGAAUGAUAAACUGGUAAAAUAAAAGUGUAAAGGUGGCUUACGGUUUUCAGAGCCAUACCUCCCCAGCAUCUUGCCGUCAUUCCAGUCAGACGUGUCUCUCUCUGACGGAGGUUUUUAUAUCAAACUGGAGGAUUAUUUUUUGCAUGUGUAGCCAGAUACGGAGCAUCUUCACAUAAUAAGUCACAUAUAUAACAUGUAAAAGGGAAUGAACAGAAUCCGCGUGUAGAUUACAUCCCUGCGUUUGUGUGUAGCGACAGACUAAUCCAUUACUGUGGCAUGUAUCCUGACAGACUAACCCUCUAUCUUUAGUGACAGCAGCAUGUCGGACAAACAUGCAUGGGCGGUCGAACAAGACUCAACAGUGUUACUUUACUUUAUACAGUGAAGCCUCUGAAGCCAGUAAAUAACAAUUUAAGUCAUUUAAUUUAGUCAAAAUAGAUUCCAAUCAUCAAUAUUCAGUCAGCAGCAUAUUGAUCAGGACACAAGAUCCUAUUCUACACAUUAGUUAGGAUGCAGGAUGUGUGUCUACCCCACACUGAUGCUUCAAGAUAGCACCCGUACAAUGCCUUAAGGAAAACUCUCAAGUGAAAAACUAGUUUUCAAGCUUUCAGCUGUACAAACUGCACAGGCUGCAUUUUGUUUGAUGUAACUAAAACUUUCUGUGGUGUGUUUUUCUUUUGUCUUUAGUUGACAAAGUUUUAGUUUGCAAUACCUGAAGGGAGAGUCACUGUAGGAAAACUAUGAGCUGUCUGAAGUUUCCACCGGUUCAGCUGACCCACGUAACACUGGGUGUUUCUCUUCCUGUGGAAAGGGGUUGUCGUAAUUCGUCCCUGCCCGCCCGUCUGUGUUUAUAUGCGAACUAGUAAGUAAAUCUUUCACCUCAGUCGAUUUCCUUUUCUGAAACGAAAAUUGGAAAACUGUAAAAAAUGAAAAUGAGGAAAAUGUUUUUUCACUCAGUUUGAAAAAGUGGAUAUCAAAGCGUUUUCUGACAGGAAAUUGAAUUUAUAGAAAAAAGGCUCGGAAUUUAGUUUUUCAUUUUUCUUGAUGAGGAACCAUAUAUCUGGGGUUAAUUAACCCUAACAACCCUUCAACGUUAACAACAGGUUCGUGCAUCGUCUGUGUCCAGUCUGUAAAUAAGCACAAGACAAGUGCAAGACAACAGUGGUCUGUUCCGGCGGGUCAAAUUAAUCCACAGUGCCUGGAGCACAUUGGACAACGCCAAGGUGCUCGCUGUUAAAACUAAACUAAACUAAACCAUCAUCACAAACAAAGCAUUAUUUGUUCUUG